AUGUCGAAACGAAGUGCAGGGUGGUGGAGAAGCAUGUUGUUGACGACUUUGGGUUUCUUUUCGACUGUUGCGGGCGCCCAAAAUCUUACCGACGGCCAAAUCAACACCGUCAGUGCACGUUUAGAAGAAGCUGCAUUGCAAAGCUGGGAACUGGGAACACGCUCCCAAACCAUUCUCGAAUUGAACGCCACCGCAUAUUCAGUAUUCUCGAACACCUUCCUCCCUCCUCCAGAGGUCAUCCCUUCAGAGCUCGCCGAUGACAAUGCCAUGGCACCCUUCUUCUCCAUUGCACGCCAAAUCGUGUCGAACCGCACCAGGCUGAACAACAAUACCGUUGGGCCGCAACCAUUGAUGCCCGACGGGAGUGCGGCAGACCCGGCGUCCAACGGUGUCUGCGUGCUGAUAGCGAAUUGGACGGGGCAGGACGCGGGAGAGUUGGACUAUGAAGGGGCGGCGAGGGACCAGCUGGAUUACUUGUUGACGAGGGUGCCUAAGACGGGAGACGGUGCGAUCUCGCACCGGGUGUCCCAAGUUCAACUUUGGAACGAUUUUGUGUACAUGGUGCCACCCUUCCUGGCCUACUACGGCGUCAUGACACGAAAUCGAACGCUAGUCGCAGAGUCGUACAACCAGAUCAAACUAUACAGAAACUACCUACGCGACGACAGGCAGGGUAUGUGGCAGCAUAUCCUUCUGGGCUCUAGCGGGAACGACCCGGGGUUCUGGUCUACGGGGAACGGCUGGGCUGCUGCGGGAAUGCUUCGUGUUCUGGCCACGAUCCGGCAGUCCGAAUACGCCAACACGUUCAGGAAUGAACAGAGGGAUCUGGGCAACUGGGUGCGCGAGAUCCAUUCGAGCAUCUAUCGGCAUUUGGACGAAACGAAUGUCUUCACCAAUUACGCCGACCAGCCUCCAACCGCGAGUGGAAACUUCUACGAUGCAGCGUCGACGGCGCUGCUCGCCGCUACGGUCUACCGAGCUGCCCUGAUGCUCGAACAGUACACAUACCUCCCAUACGCCGAACGCUCGCGGAGCACGCUGUCCAACUCCACUUCCUCUCCCCCAUCGAACGAAACCUCGACCUUUGACAGCUACGAGCACUUCACUAGCGACGGGUGGCUACGGCCUGUUGUGAAUCCUCAUUCCUAUGGGCAAGAAGGGAGCGAGAGUGCGGAGGGCCAGGCGUUCGUCGUGCAGAUGCACGCGGCGUGGAGGGAAUGGGUGCAAGACGGGUCGAAGGGCGCAAACACUGCCAUAAAUGUGAGAUCAGAGAAACUGAUCAUGGGCCUUGCACUGGGCGCCGUUCUCGGGCUCGUCCUUUAG